GCCAAAACCAGCUUACUGUUUACCCCUAACCUCUCUCUCAUUAUAAUCUCUUUCAUAAAUAGAACCACCUUCUCCUCCCUGAUCCGAUUUCCAAUUUUCCAUUCCUUUCUUCUCCAAUCCCAUUCCUCUCCCACAGUAAUCUGUUUCCUUUCAAACCCUGAAUCCACAUUUUCUUUUCCCUUUCCCCUCCUAUCAGAUCAUCUCAAACAUUCAAUAUCGUUCUGCCCAAAUGUGCUAGCACUAUUGUUUAUAUCCCCGGAAUCAAUCCACAUUGUAUCCAAAAUGGUCGAAACACGAGCCAUCAUUCCACCCGAUUCGUGAUCAAUUGCCCUAAUUCUGUCUCUGUUUUGUGCAAACCUAGACAAGGAAGGUCCGGUCUGAGGGCCUAAAUGGCCCAGCCGCCACCAGUAAAACCGGUGCUGCAGAAGCCGCCGGGGUACAGAGACCCGAACCAAACUCCUAGACCGGUUCCAGGGCAGGUUCCCAGAAAACCUGUCCCUCUCCCUCCCUCAUUUCAUCCACAGCCGAAGUCCAGGCGCAGCAACUGCUGCCGUGUCUUUUGCUGGGUGUGUUGCAUUUUGAUCCUUGUGAUUAUUGUCGUCGUCGCGCUGGCAGCCGGAAUAUUCUUCCUCUUAUUCGAUCCGAGGCUUCCUCUGGUUUACUUGCGGUCGUUUCAGAUACCGCUCUUCAACACCACGGUGAAACCCGGCGGGACUUACCUCGACGCAUGGACAGUUCCGGGGAUGGAGGUGAAAAACCCCAACGGGAAGUUGGACAUAUUCUACUCAGGGGUGCAGGCCUACGUCAGCGUCGGGGACCCGAACGACGUAGGGUUGGUGUUGGGGAUGAAAGACCUGACAGGGUUUACGCAGAAGUCGAGUAACACGACGAGUGUUAAGUUCGAUUAUGUGGUGAAGAACCGGCAGCUGAACGACGAGGUGGCGAAGAAGCUGAAGAGUCAGUAUGUGAGUAAAGUGAUGAGGGUUGGGGUGGAGGUGAAGGCCAGGUUGGGUUAUGUUGUGAAGGGGUGGAGGCUAGGGACGAUGAAUAUUGAUGUGUUGUGUGGAGGUGUCACGAUGAAGGAGAUUCAUGCUGGUAAUACCAUGCCCAAGUGUACAAUCUCUGCCUACAAAUGGAUCCAAAUCCACUGAUAUGGUCACUCAAAUGUGAAUUACCACAGAGUACUUGGUCAGUUGGAUGCUGCCAUUCUGAAGCAGACAUUUGUACCCAAAAGAGUAAAAACUGGAUUUCCUGCUAAUCUAUACUCAAAAUAUUUAUAAUGAGCCUUUACAGUAUACAUAAAUUUUCUGCUUACAGAAAAGAAUUGAAAGGGAGUUAUGACAUGUCUCUAAGCUUUGGAUGCUCCUGAUGCAUCAUGGGACUAUCAGUUUUAAAUGGGGGUUGAAGGUUUGUUUUUUAUUUAUUUAUGGUGAUCGAUUGGACUUGGAUAAAUUACUUUUCAUUUUCAUUUCUUCUUUCAUAAUAAAUCAAGAUUGUGUAAUGGUUGAUGAUGAUGAUGAUGAUGGGUUGGGGGUACGUGGUGUCUUUGUAUUCCUGGAAACUUGCCGUUCGUACAUAUUGUAAAGAAGUCAACUAUAUAGGUGACUUAUAAUGUGUAACAUUAUUUCUCUUUAUGCCUUUUGUAAAUAUAAGGUGGGCGUGCUAUCUUCUUAAUCAUCUUGUAAAAGUGGAGACAACUGAUAGGUGAUUACAAAAGGUGGGCUGCCUGGUAAAGGAAAGGAAAACAAGCAAAGUAGACAGUGAUAUCAUAUCUGCAUCGCGUAUCAGUGAUGCUUUGCGGUGUGAAUAUCUCCUUGUACUAGCUAGCUGCUGUUCUCUGAAGUUCUAAAGUGUCGGCCGAGCAUAGUUAAAUUCAUUUUAUCUUUUUAAACUUUAUUCUUAAAAUUAUUUGUGUCUUCAAUUUUUUAAUUUGAUCACAUA